AUGUUACCUUCUGCAAAGGGUACAAAUAAAAAUGAUAAUGGCGGUGGUGAUGGCGAUAGUGGAGCGGAAUCACCCAGAAAACCAAUCGACUUUUACUAUAG